AGUCAUCCAUGAUGCUCGCUGGCACACUUCACUCGAUACAUGAUAUUUCCGUUCAACUUUUCCCGCGCGACGUUCAACAAGUGCGCGCGCAAUCAUUCCGCGCGCGAACGUAUUCUCGCGCAGUUUAAAACGAACUAUCGAAUUUAAACGAAAAGUAAUAAAUUACGUAAAUUAUUAAUCGUUGUUAUUGAGUGCUAAUAAUGUUAUAAGAAGUUCUCUGUGAAUAUUAGUGGAGUGUUGUGUCAGUGAAAUAAUUUUAUAACAUACGAUAACCCAUAGCAGUCACCAUGACGACAAAAUCGUACAGUAAGCACAAGGAGUUCAAGGAGUAUUCCUCAUCCAGCGGUACCAUACCUUACACAGACGAACAAUUUGACAUGAUAAAAUCAGAGUUAAUACCAAAAGGCAGCAAGUUGGACUCCCUGGGACGUGGAGGAGGGACUCGGGAGUACCACUACGAGUACAAAGAGGAAAAACAUCCCUCCGGAAAGUAUGAUAGGAAGGACCUGCAUACUGUUGAGGAAUACACAAUUCCCCCGAGAACCGUGCCAAAGUCUUCUGAGUCCAACUCGUAUUACUACGAGAGGGAAGAGAGAGAGCUGCCAGCCAUCAGCUCAGGCACUCGCACAUACAACUACGAGUCAUCCAUCAGCUCCACUCCAGGCUACUCCAAGGUGAAGAGUUCAAAGGUGACCAAGGACCUGUCUCAGAACGUGGAGGAGCUGGACUCACUCCUGGACGACUUGCAGAAGGACCAGGAGAGACAGCUUUACAAAAGUAAGACCCAGGAUGGAUACACAUCCGAUACGGCUGAGAGCACUUCGUUUGACUACAGAAAAGGCACCCCAGCCAAGGCUCCAUCAAGCGGUUACUCAACGUUGAAGCGAGAGGAACGCGUGGAGACCUCCUCGUGGGGAUCCAGCCCUCCUCCCCCCACCGUCACCAGGGCUGCUGAAGUCCGACAGGAGGUCUACAGGGAGGAGAAAACUGAGUCCCGCGUGGUGCCAUCCCAGGUGUCUCCCGCCGUCCCUCAGCUCGUGCCAGCUCCUGUCUGCACCCACUGCCACCACGCGCCCUCUACCGGCACUCUCCCCCGUGGCAGUACCCCCAUGAACAAGGUGACGACCACGGUGAAGACAUACACGUACGAAGUGCCCGCGGACCAGGACCCCACCACCGUCCCCAUACCCGUCCACGCUGAACACCAGCAUACAUACGUCUCAUCAGAACAGAACAGGACCACGACAAGCGCGAGCUCCCCGCCGCCUCCCGUGGCGCUAGUGUCGCCCGCGGGCCCCGGGGGCUGCCAGUACUGCUCGCACUGCAACUCCACCAUCAGGGAAUACCGCACUGUCACCACCACCGAUGAUCGCACCAACGAACGUAUGGUGUAUCCUGCCCCCGCCAACGAGACCAAGGUGCUACCUUCAGAACCGCAUAAUGGACAUGGCCCAUACGGUCCAUCAUCAUACAAGUUCUCGGAGACGACGUACUCCGCCCACAACACGACCCACCGCUACCCGUCGCCCUCCCCGCUUCCUCAUCCCUCACACACGUUGCACCCUGCCAACUCUCCCUCCCCCGGCCCGUUCCCUCGCCCUAGCACUCCCUCGCCUGGCACUCAACAACCACCGAAGAAGUUAGACGACCUGCUUGCUGACUUCCCUGAAGCUCGUUUCCCGACACAGCCAGACGGUGUGGUUCGCCGCAACGUCCACGUGACCCACGAGAGCUCGACGCAGAGUUCCACACUGAACAGAGACACUCGAGACACGCGGGACUCCGCCCCCAGUCCACCAGCGAAGUCCCCUGUCGUUGCUAACAGCCGUAACGUGGCUGGCCCUGCAGUUUACUACCCGCCUGGACACACACCCUUCCAGAAGAAGGAGGGAGGUGGUGGUGGCGGCGGUGGUUAUCAAGCUAGCAGUGCGAUGGCACAAGGGGGAGGCAGCUACGCAUCAGCCCGCGGCAUGUAUGAGUAUGAAUCUGGUUCUCGAAGCAAAUCGAAGCAUUCUGAGACGAAGACAGCUGUCCCCAUAUGCCUACCUUUAUGCUGCGCUAUGCCAUGCGUGAUCAUGUAAAAUAAAACCUUCAUUGUCACCAAAAUAUUUUGUGAA